AUGACACGGAGCGCGUCAGAUGCGCAAGAAAGUCAACCAAAUUUCAACAUACCUCCAAACGAAAUUGAAGUCCCGUACACAAAUGAUCACCACACCGAGAAGGCUGAAGAGGAGGGUCCGCCAACUAAGAAGCGUCGAGUCAGCGAGACCACCCCGAAUCCACGCAAGAAAAUCGAGUCCCCUCCUUGGAAGACAGUCGUAGCAGAAGGCCCCACCUCCUUCACUCAGGAUGGAAAGAGAAAAUCGGGCAGAGUAAAUGUGAUACCCCUCGAGCUACAGCCACCAUCCGAUAAACGUCAGACGCGAGGCGCUCAGAAAACACACUCUACACAAGGUAAACACGCAAACACAAAUGGAUCGCCUCCAGCUCGAGAUGCACCGUCCUCUUCAACCAAAGGGUCCAAGAAGCCAGUUCCUAGCACCGCCUCAUUGCAAAAGUCACCGUCAAAGUCUGCAGGCUCCCCAAAACGAUCCCAUCGAAAGUCCAUGCCCAGUGAACAAAUAGCAACACCAGUCCGAUCACACAAGAAGUCCUCAACACCGAAAAUUCCACACUCUGCCCCGGUACAAACUCGUCCAGACAAGAAGCGACGUUCAGGACGAGUUGGUGAGAUAACCCAAGACGAAGAAGCUAGACCCAGUCUACAGAAACUAGAAGCUCCAUCUGGCGCGAGCCCCAAGACGACCCUUCCGAAAAUCAAACUUCGAGUCAAACCCGCAUCUUUGCCCUUGACACAUCAUGAUUUAGUCCCGAAGAAGGCAAAGCUGUUUCCGACCUUAGAAGAGUACUUGGACUUAGCAAAAGAUAUAAAUAUUGCUAAAGGGGGACUCUGGAGUGUUGAAGAUGGACCGAAAUAUACAGAUGAAUCGGUUAAGCAAGAUGCCCGGAUUCUCUUACGGAUAGAGGAAGCUUGUAAACCAGGAGGCGUGCUGAGCCCCGAGACUUGUUCAGUUUUCGAGCCACCAGAACCGGAUCAUAUUCCUCAGCAAUACGGACAUCAGGAUCACUUGAAUAAAGCCGCUCUAGAGUUUCGAAGGUUGAUGCUCAUAGAGCAAAGGAAGCAUCGAGCGACAGCCAAGCGACUUGCGGAAGCAUGUAGAGAUGAAUGGUAUCGGAGACAGCCCAAGUCACUAGAGCAGCUGGAGGCCGAGGAAGCAAAGUCCACUGAAUAUCGAUACAGAACUUUGAUUAAAAGUCUCCAAGCUACAUGGGCGAAUGUACGAGCGGAAGUCAAUCGUAGACGGGUAGUGGAAUGGGAGGCACAGGAGCAAGCUCGAGUCCGUAAAGCGCUGAAUGAAGCUGUAGACCUAUCCACACAAAAAUUACAGGCCCGCACAGCUCGCCCGGACUCGGAGAUAUUCACAGACGAGGAGAACAGUGAGGAUGAAAGUGGUGCUUCUGAUGGAGAAGAAAAUCAAGGCCCUCAGUCCGGAUCCCGGUCCGAUGAUGGAGAAAGUAACAUGUCCUCAAGCGAAUCAGAGGCGGAGGAGGAGCAGAUAUCGCCAGACGCGGUCGAGGAUGAGCAUUUGACACAGGAGCAACUUCAAGAGAAAUAUUCCGGUUUACCAACUAUACCUCAGGUGGACGAUGAAGAGAUGUCUGAUGCCCCCAGAUCCGACACAGGUCAAGGACCGGAUUUGGAAAACACAUGCAGCGACAGCGAUGAAUCGAUCGAUAUGGACGAUGAUAUGGGCUCCAGCGAUGAAGAACGUGAUAGCGAAAAUGGAGAAGAGGAAGAAAGUGAGGACGAGGAGGACGAAGAUGGUGGAUCAAGUAGCCUACUCGGCUUCCUCGCUCCUUCAGAUGUGAAGUCAUUGGAGCUGGAUUCUGCGAAACCAGAUUUAGAGUCUGUUACUGGCAACGCAGACAUCGAAGAAGAUGAGAGGUCUCUCGUACCGGAUGCCGUUCAUCAAGAGCCUUUGGAAGAGGGUGUCGUAGGCGAGAUCGAACCGAGCGCCGCAAAUAACAGUACGGAAGAGUUAGAAAUUGUCAAGCAGGCACCCGAAGGGACGUCGACAAGCCCUGACCGUAGUAGUCAACCAACUCCGAGAACCACGGAAACAAGACCCUCUGAAAUGGAUUCGGCAUCUUCAGUCGAGCUUCAUCAUAACAGUGGCCAAAUCACUCAGAGUAGUACACCACAGCCCGGCUCCAACUUUAAGACCCCAGUGCCUUUCCUUCUGAGGGGCACUCUCAGAGAAUAUCAGCAUCAUGGUUUAGAUUGGCUUGCGGGCCUUUAUGCAAACAACACCAAUGGUAUCUUGGCUGAUGAGAUGGGUUUAGGCAAGACAAUACAAACCAUCGCUCUCCUAGCCCAUCUUGCUUGCGAGCAUGAAGUUUGGGGCCCUCACCUUGUCAUUGUUCCAACAAGUGUUAUACUCAAUUGGGAAAUGGAGUUUAAGAAAUGGUGCCCCGGAUUCAAAAUCUUAACUUACUAUGGCAGCCAAGAGGAGCGCAAGCGAAAGCGGCUCGGGUGGAAAACCGAAGACAAGUGGAAUGUUUGCAUUACCUCUUACCAGAUCGUUCUUCGAGACGUUCAAGUAUUCAAGCGUCGGCGCUGGCAUUAUAUGAUUCUCGACGAAGCACAUAAUAUCAAAAACUUCCAGUCACAGCGGUGGCAAGCCAUGUUGACAUUCAACACUCGAGCAAGACUCCUCCUGACUGGAACUCCACUCCAGAACAAUCUCACGGAACUCUGGUCCUUGCUCUACUUCUUGAUGCCCGCAACUGCAAAUGGCACGGAUACGCAACAGAACAUAAGCGGGUUUGCGAACUUGAGAGAAUUUCAAGAGUGGUUCAAAAAGCCAUCCGAACAAAUUCUUGAGCACGGCCGAGAUCAAAUGGAUUCGGAGUCCAAGGGAAUCAUCAGCAAACUUCACCAAGUUCUCCGUCCAUACUUGUUAAGGAGACUGAAGGCAGACGUUGAAAAGCAGAUGCCUGCAAAGUAUGAACACGUAGAGUUUUGUCGUCUUUCUAAGAGACAACGAGAGUUGUACGACAGCUUCUUGAGUCGAGAGGAUACUCGAGGCACUCUGGCUUCUGGCAAUUACCUGUCCAUCAUCAACUGCUUGAUGCAACUGAGAAAAGUAUGCAAUCAUCCGGACCUUUUCCUAGAUCGGCCAAUUAUGACCUCGUUCCCCAUGGAAAAAUCAGCUAUCGCAGACUUUGAGAUUAAGGAGCUCCUUGUACGUAGGCGUCUUCUCAAAGAAGAUCCGAUGAGUAAGGCAAGCUUGGAAUUUCUGAACCUAGUUCCGACAAAGCACGAGCGUUUCUCUGGUGCUGUUACUGCACGAAGUGCUAUGCUUACUGCUCAAGGCAUGUUGAUGGAAAUGCGCGAAAGCCAGCGACACAGAGCCCAGAACGCCCUCACAAAUCUUGACCCGUCUACCGCUAAAUCAAACUUGGUAUAUCUGGAAAGUGCUUCGAGAUGGGGCCGGUUUGAAGAGCUUCAGCAUUGUGUCUAUCUCAAUGCUCUACGUCGACAACAGAAACCUAUUUACGGAAAACAAAUGAUGGAACUGCUCACAAUCGGCGUCAACGAACGACCUUUACAGCCUAAGCCUAAGCGUCGCAACCAGAUGCUAACAUGGCUGGAAAACAAAUCGCCUACCCUGUCCUCCAUGGUGCCAAGUCUCUCCCUGCGAUCCGAAGAAUUAGAUGCUAUUAUCCGAAAAUUUGCCUGUGUAACUCCUCCAGUUGUUGCCAGGGACAUGACCCCACUAGCCCUUACACGCCGAGGAGUCAACACUGUCCAAACAGUUGUAGAUAGUUCCACAAAAGAUCCGUUCCACGAGGCACGAAUGCGACUUUCCAUUCAGUUCCCGGAUAAGCGGCUGUUGCAAUACGAUUGUGGCAAGUUACAGACGCUGGCAAAACUACUUCGCAAGCUUCAAGCUGGGGGUCAUCGUGCACUUAUCUUCACCCAGAUGACCAAGGUCUUGGACAUUCUGGAGCAGUUCCUCAAUAUUCACGGACAUAAGUACCUUCGUCUAGACGGCAGCACCAAGAUUGAGCAGCGCCAGAUUCUCACAGAUCGCUUCAAUAACGAUACUCGUAUUUUAGCCUUCAUUCUUUCCAGUCGAUCUGGCGGUCUAGGUAUCAAUUUGACGGGCGCCGACACUGUUAUCUUCUAUGAUCUCGACUGGAAUCCGGCUAUGGAUAAGCAAUGCCAGGAUAGAUGCCAUCGUAUUGGUCAAACUCGGGACGUUCAUAUCUACCGUCUAGUCUCAGAACACACAAUUGAAGCAAACAUUUUGCGCAAGGCUAAUCAAAAACGAAUGCUUGACGAUGUUGUUAUUCAGGAGGGAGAUUUUACGACAGAUUACUUCAACAAGAUGUCCGUACAGGAUGUUCUCGGCGAAGAAUCUUCUCUCCUAGAUGGCGACGCGGCAGCCAGCGCUGCCAUGGACCGAGUCUUAGGCGGGCCAGAUAAUAGCAAAGAUGUCCAGCGAGUAUUGGCGCAAGUAGAAGAUCGAGAGGAUGUCGUGGCUGCUAAAGUAGCUGAGCACGAGGUGCAAGAGACGGACGCCGCCGAUUUCGAUGAGAACGCUAUUACUACGGCAUCUGCAACACCAGCAGCCGCAGGGACGCCUCGUGAUGAUACCGAAGCACCUGGCGCUGAUGAGACACCUGUGGUUGAUGAUGAGAUGGUGUUGGACGAUGAAGAAGAGCUCAAUGCCUGGGGUGAAAGGGUUGAGUCUGCUGAUGAUUACAUGCUAAAGUUCAUGACGAUGGAGCUUAAGGACACUCCAGUGGAAAUUCCGAAAGACCGGAAGAAAGGAAGGGACAAGAGUCACCGCUCUCAUAGAGCAAGGUAG